AUGACUAUACCACGUAAAUUGAUAGCAGACACUAGGAAUAUCGCAAGCACAUCUAUCAUACACAUUUUCGUACCAAGUCCCACCAACGUUGCUCUAAAUUACAUGGUGUUGCUGUGUGAUUCUCUUAUAUUCAUCAUGCUUACCGCUUUGCGAUCAAUGCUGCAGGACCCCUUAUAG